GAACAGUCGUGUUAUGACGUCACCAGAGGGCUCCGCCUUCUCAACGCUGCGUGGCCUCUGCCCCUCCUCUUGCUGUUUGAAGGCGGAGAGGGGGAGGAGUUGCUGCGGCUGCACUGGCAGACAGAGGACUGAGAAAAGAAGGGGAGACAAAGGCUCAGAGAGCUCCACAGAGGGAGGGGACCGAGGACAUCUAGGGACCAGUCGGACUCCGUACUACGCGACACUAUACGUGGCCCCGAGGCACAUCCCGGCCAGUGGAGAGGUGGGCGAAUUCACAGCGGACAGGCUUAAACGUGUAUAGGCUCCAGAUGUGUUAAUCUCCAACUCUUUGCAUUCACAAGUAGCUCCCGGGUGCUGUCGGCCAGUGACUAGGCGCUGUGUGUAGGAAUGGCUGUGUGUUGGCUGCAUGGGGCUCUCCAGCACUUUGUAUAGAGGUAACGUCCAGUCUGGCUGUACCUCUGGGAGGAUGAGGAGAGGAGGGACAUGGCUCGGGACACUUCAUGGCUGUUCUGUGUAGUUUCUACGUGGAUUCUCUUAGUGGCAGCGCUGGGAGACCUGCUUCUAUUAGGGAAACAAACCUGUGUGCCCCGGUGCAUUCUGGGACCCACAUACCCCCUGUCGCCUAUAGAUCCCUCAGCUGUCUGGUCACAUGCAGGGAUGGCUGCUGUAAAGCCGGGGAGCUGCCAGACUGAUUGCCAUAUAGGGGCGACUCCAGCUGUGCUUGAGCUCAAUCCUUAGCUGUAGCUCUUAAGAGCUGGAGGGCCGCAGGUUGCAUUGCCCUACUGCUUCACUUCAUAGUGCCUCUCUUUUGUGGGGUGGGGUCUUUGGUCUUGUACUGCAUGUUAGGGGCUGCCACUUAUUGUAUAGAUUUAUAAACCCCACCCUGUGUACGUGUAUGUGCUGGAGGGACACGGAUGGCUGGAGCUGCUCAUGGAGCAAGAAGAGCCUUGUGAUUGUACAGCAGCAGCAAUGCAGCACAAAGACUAGGGCUUGUACUUGGGAGGAGGAGGUACAGGGUCAUAAAUACCCAGAGCAAUGUGCAAAAAUCCUGAUUGAGAGAAACCACUUCCACCCCAUGCAGAGAGGAAAGAAACCUGCAGUCCUCUUUCUCCUACUAUAAUUCCCUACGGGAUGCUGGGAUUUGUAGUUCUAAACAGCUGGCUGCUUUUGGUCUUGCAUCAAGUUAUAAAUGGUUGGAGGGGUGUAAGUUCUGUCCGGAUUAGUGAUUUUCUGCUCACUUCUCUGCCAUGAUUAGAUUUUAGGUUGGCCAGCAAGUACUACAGCUUAAUUCAUUUGUACACAACCUAUGAUCAGGAGAGUGCACUCCAACAGAAAAGUACCCACUGGCAUAUCUCUACUGGAUUCCAGAUGUGGCAAUUUUUCCAGAUGUGCCGUGUCCUGCUUGUUCUGAAAGAAUGCAGUUAUAUGAAAUCCAGAUGCAGUCAUGAGAGUGCUUGACUUUUUCAGCCAUCUAAAAAGCAUUAAAAUUGGAUGCAUGCACAAUAUUGCUAUCUCAGCUACAGAUUUCUCUUUUGAGUUUCAUUUGUCAACGUUAAAUGGGUGAAGGACAUUCAGAGUUCUACACAAAAUAAGUAAAGAUUGACGUGUACUAGAAGGAUUAAAUGGACCCUGCGUUCUACAUCCGCUUCUUUUUUAGAAUAUGUCACUACUGGAAAUUAAAACCAUCCCUUUCUUCAAAGUUUCACUGGUUUCAGAUUAUUUGUUUGUGAGUUCACAAAUUGACAGCCUAUAGCAAUCAUGGCUCAGACCAGUUUACUGCAAGGGAAACCUUUCUACUGCAGGGAAUGGAUUUUCCAUAAACUUCAGCACUGUCUGCAUGAAAAAAUCAACUGCAGCAGUAUCACAGCGAAUAAACAUUCACUUGUGUCUAAUUCUGGGAGCAAUGGCGGCAGCACAGGAAAAGGCGCAGCAUGGGGUUUAUUAUUUGUUGGAGGCCCUGGAAGUGGAAAGACAGCACUUUGUACAGAGCUGCUGUGGCCCAGUUCACCUGCUGGUUUGCAGAGAGGGGUACACCGACAUGCCCUAGCUUAUCAUUUUUGCAGAGCACAGGACUCUGAUACACUGUGCAUUGGAAGCUUUAUUAGGAGUUUGGUUGAUCAGAUCUGUCAAGGUGGACUAAUUGCAGGUUAUGAAGACAAGCUGAAUGACCCUUCUGUUCAGAGCCUGUUGCAGCCAGGAGAAUGUGAACGGAACCCUUCAGAGGCCUUUAAAAGGUGUGUUCUUCUACCUCUGCUGGCCAUGAAAGCCCCUGCCCAGAGUCUUUUCAUGGUUGUUGACUCUGUUGAUGAAGGCUGUAACAUUGUUGAAGGAGAACACAGACCCUCAGGUUUAUCUGGUACAAUAGCAGAUCUUUUAGCAACUCACCAUGAGUUUUUUCCUCCAUGGCUACUUCUCAUCUGUUCAGCACGCAAGCAAAGUAGAACAGUGACAAAAAUGUUUACUGGUUUCCGAAAGAUAAGUCUGGAUGACCUCAGGAAAGCCUAUGUAGUAAAAGAUGUUCAACAGUAUAUUCUUCAUCGUUUGGACCAAGAAGAGGCAUUGAGACAAUACCUUACAAAAGAAACUGCAGAAAUGUUAAAUCAACUGCACAUUAAAAGCAGCGGGUGCUUUCUGUACCUGGAACGUGUUUUAGAUGGAGUUGUAGAAAACUUCAUCAUGCUUCGGGAAAUCCGUGAUAUUCCAGGAACCCUAAAUGGCUUAUACCUCUGGUUGUGUCAAAGACUUUUUGUUAGAAAACAAUUUGCAAAGGUCCAACCAAUUCUAAAUGUUAUUCUGGCUGCUUGUAAACCGUUAACAACUAUUGAACUGUUUCAUGCAGUUUGGACCAAAAACAUGUCACUAACAAUGGAAGAUUUUCAAAGGAGAUUGGAUGUUCUGUCAAAAGUCUUGGUUGAUGGAUUAGGAAAUAAUAAAAUUUUAUUCCAUUAUAGUUUUGCCGAGUGGUUGCUGGAUGUAAAACAUUGCACACAGAAAUAUUUGUGUAAUGCAGCCGAAGGACACCGAAUGCUUGCCAUGAGUUACACGUGUCGAUCAAAAGAACUUACACCAACUGAAGUGCAGGAAUUUGCUUUGCAUCUUAUACAUUCAAAUUUACAGUUAACCAAUUCAGAGUUGGCUUUAUGGAUAAUCUGGAAUGGAACAUGUGUGAAAGACUCGCUGUGCACCUUAAUACCAAAGGAACAAGAAGUGUUACAGUUGUUGGUAAAAGCAGGGGCACAUGUUGAUAGUGAGGAUGAUCGAACUUGUUGUAUUGUUCGACAAGCAUUGGAACGAGAAGAUUCUAUUCGUACAUUGCUGGAUAAUGGUGCUUCAGUUAAUCAGUGUGAUUCAAAUGGAAGAACUUUGCUGGCCAACACUGCUUAUAGUGGAAAUCUUGAUGUGGUUAACCUUCUUGUUUCAAGAGGAUCUGAUCUUGAAAUAAAAGAUGCCAACGGACAGACAGCACUUACUUUAGCUGCCCGUCAAGGGCAUGUAAAGGUUGUGAAUUGUUUAAUUGGAUGUGGUGCAAAUAUAAAUCAUUGUGAUCAUGAUGGAUGGACAGCACUCAGAUCUGCAGCCUGGGGUGGGCACACUGAAGUAGUGUCUGCACUUUUGUAUGCAGGUGCAAAGGUAGAUUGUGCUGAUGCAGAUAGUAGAACCGCUUUAAGAGCAGCAGCAUGGGGUGGGCAUGAAGAUAUUGUACUGAAUUUACUGCAGCAUGGAGCAGAGGUAAAUAAAGCUGACAAUGAGGGCCGAACUGCUUUAAUUGCUGCAGCAUACAUGGGACACAGAGAAAUUGUGGAGCACCUUUUAAGCCAUGGUGCAGAGAUAAACCAUGAGGAUGUGGAUGGAAGGACUGCUUUAUCAGUUGCAGCACUUUGUGUACCUGCAAGCAAAGGACAUGCAUCAGUUGUUAGUCUCUUAAUUGAGCAAGAUGCUGAAGUGGAUCAUUGUGAUAAGGAUGGGAUGACUCCACUACUUGUUGCAGCAUAUGAAGGCCAUGUAGAUGUAGUUGACCUACUUCUAGAGGGUGGAGCAGAUGUUGAUCAUACUGAUAACAAUGGUCGUACUCCUCUGCUUGCUGCUGCAUCCAUGGGGCAUGCAGCAGUGGUCAACACACUUCUGUUUUGGGGAGCUGCUGUUGAUAGCAUUGAUAGUGAAGGUAGAACUGUGCUUAGUAUAGCUUCCGCUCAAGGCAAUGUUGAAGUUGUACGGACACUUUUAGAUCGGGGCCUUGAUGAAAAUCACAGAGAUGAUGCUGGAUGGACACCUCUACAUAUGGCUGCUUUCGAAGGUCAUAGAUUAAUCUGUGAAGCAUUAAUUGAACAAGGGGCUAGAACAACUGAAAUUGAUAAUGAUGGACGAAUACCUCUAAUUCUGGCAGCACAAGAAGGGCACUAUGAUUGUGCGCAGAUAGUUCUAGAGAAUAAAUCUGCAGUGGAUCAAAAAGGCUAUGAUGGUCGAAAUGCCUUGAGAGUUGCAGCACUGGAGGGGCACAGAGACAUAGUAGAAUUGCUUCUCAGUAAUGAAGCAGAUCUUAAUGCCAAAGAUGCUGAUGGUCGACCAACACUAUACAUACUGGCACUAGAAAAUCAGCUAUCAAUGGCUGAGUAUUUUUUAGAAAAUGGAGCAAAUGUAGAAGCUAGCGAUACUGAUGGAAGGACAGCUCUUCAUGUCUCCUGCUGGCAGGGACAUUUAGAAAUGGUGCAAAGUCUAAUAUCCUAUCGGGCUGAUGUCAAUGCUUCAGACAAUGAAAAGAGAUCUUCCUUACAGUCUGCAGCUUGGCAAGGUCAUGUGAAAGUGGUUCAGCUCUUAAUUGACCAUGGAGCUGUGGUUGAUAAUACAUGCAACCAGGGUGCUACUGCACUUUGUAUUGCAGCACAGGAAGGUCACACUGAGGUUGUCCAAAUUUUGCUGGAAAAUGGAGCAGAUCCAAAUCAUGCAGAUCAGUUUGGACGUACAGCAAUGAGAGUUGCAGUAAAAAAUGGGCACAGUGAAAUAAUUAAACUACUAGAAAAAUAUGGUGCUUCAAUACCAAGUGGAUGCAACCCAUCACCUGUUCAUACCAUGGAGCAAAAAGUCCUAAAUUUGUCAUCAAAAGUACAGGUGUCAACAAUUAAAUCAAACAGUUCUUCUAGCACAGGAGGUGGUGAUGUGCAUCCUACUAUGCGUGGUUUAUGUAAUGGGCCUUCUCAUGCCUUUAGCUCUCCUUCAGAGUCUCCAGAUUCUACAGUGGAUCGGCACAAGUCCUCUUUAUCAAAUAAUUCCUUAAAAAGUUCUAAGAAUUCUUCUCUGCGUACAACGUCAUCUACAGCAACCGCCCAAACUGUGCCUAUAGAUAGUUUUCAAUGUCUUUCAUUUACAGAGCAAAUUCAGCAGCAUUCUCUACCACGAAGUAGAAGUCGUCAGUCAAUUGUUUCUCCCUCAUCUACAACACAUUCAUUGGGGCAAAAUUAUUCACCAACUAGUGAAUUUGAAUGGAGUCAGGUAAAACCCAGUUUAAAAUCAACAAAAAACAAUAAAAGUGGCAAAGGCGAAUCCUCAAGCAAAUCAAACUCAGUUGCAAAGAAAGCAAAGCAAAAUAGCUGCUCUCAGCCAAAAGUUUUGGAAUAUGAAAUGACUCAGUUUGACAGAGUGCAUGCUCCAGAUUCUGUUAACAUUAAUGUACCACUAAAACACCUCCCUGUAGAACAUAAAAUCCAAAUACCAUCAGUCCAACAGGAAGUUGGUCGCUCUCAACAGCAGUUUCUUAUUCAACAGCAAAAUGCAGAACAAAAGAAAAGAAAUGGGAUCAUGACUAAUCCUAAUUAUCACCUUCAAGGAAAUCAAGUCUUUCUUGGAAGAGUUUCUGUGCCAUGUGCAGUACAAAGUCGAGGACUGCAGGAGGUUUUAGAAGGUUAUCCUUCAGCUGAAACAGAAUUAGGCCUUAAACAAUCACUGAAGCUACAAAUUGAAGGAUCUGAUCCAAGCUUUAAUUAUAAAAAGGAAACGCCACUAUAAAUGGUUUCAGAAGCACAAGCACAGAAUAUGUAUUACUGGAAGCAAAUGUCAUUUGUGUUGAAGAUCCAUUUGCAACUGUGAUGUUAUCAAUUAAAAAAUAACUUGAAAAUUGCUUUAAUGUGCCUAGUUAGGCUACUUUUGAUAUGCGCUUAAACAGAACUAUAUUUGUAGGAAUAAAUUUCUAAUAAAGGGCAAUAUACACCUAUGUUCAACAUGAAUUCCUUAUAGGAACGCCAUUCUGCCUAUUUAUAACUGAUCUAUGGUUUUUAUUUGUGCAGUGUGCAGAACAGUGACAUAUGCAACACUUUUAUUUUGCAUUUGACCCGCCCCUUUUGUUCUUGAGAGCAGUUUGUUUUCACUGGUGAAGAAAUGCAUGUCACCUCCUGGACUGCCUGCCAUUGACAUGAAUAUUAUUCAGCUAUCACCACAUAUAUACAGAUAUUAGCCCCAAAACAUAGAAUUGUUUGGCAGGAGUGUGGCAGUCAUUGCUUCCCAUAGGAUGUCCAUGGCACAAGCUUGUGGUGACAUAAAGCCUCUGCUCAUAAAUUGUUGUUUCAUCAUUUUUGAGCAGAGACUAGUUUGCCAUGGGCAGAUAUAUAUAUAUAUAUAUAUAUAUAUAUAUAUAUAUAUAUAUAUAUAUAUAUAUAUAUAUAUAUAUAUAUAUAUAUAUAUAUAUAUAUAUAUAGUAUUUUGCAAUUGACUGCAAGAUUAUUUCUGCUGCUCUUGUCUGCAAGUGAAAAUGCUGUGUGCCAUAGAUAUAAAGGUAAAUAGAAGAUAAUGAUCAGUAAGCACUUUAUUAUAAAAAUAUAGAAUGUAUUACAUUAAAAAAAAAGCAGAAUGGGUACAAACAAUAUUAAAUGGCCUCAUGUUGAACCUAGAUGUAUAUUGCCCCUUUAAGGUAAGACUUGUAUAGGUGAAGGAUUUGCUAUAGCAGUCCAAAAUAUUUUCUUUUUUUUCUGCAUUGAAAGGUAGCAGUUGGCGAUAGCAAUUGUACUGUAUAUUCCUUCUCGCAGAUUCGGUGAACUACACCAAUACCAUACUAUUUUUUUUUCUCACACUACCAACCCAAAUUCUAAAAUAAAAGAAUUGGAAAAACUGGAGUUAAAGGUGAAUUAAAAGAAAUUGUGGGAUACAGUAAAUGUGUGCAUCUAGAAGCAUUUCCUGCAUAUAAACGUUCCCCCAAUCUGUAUUCCUAUAGUUAUAACUUCAAUUCAAACUGUAUUGUACACAAGGAUGCACUUUGACACUGCAGGUUUAUGUUAUUUUCCCUUUAACAGCACUUGCAUUCAUGGUGCAAAUCAUAUUCAGAAAUAUACAUGCCCUGCAGAGACCUAUAUGUGAACCUUUUGCUCCCUUUUGUAUCUAUUGUUAAUCAUGCUCUCCCACAAUGCAAAAUAUGCAUUGUACAGUAUUUGAAAAUCUCAAGUGGCUUCAGCCUUUUUUCAUCUGCAGUAUUUUAUUUUUGUAUUAUAAUAUUGUUGGUUAAGACAAACCUUUACAUUGUUCAGUACACAGACAUUUUCCCAAAGUGGAGUUAAAGGGGACCUGUCACCCAGAAAUAAAAAGCUGUAUAAUAAAAUUCCUUUUCAAAUUAAAUAUGAAACCAAAAUAUUUUUUUUUUAAUAAAACACUCAUAACGGUUAUGAACUUGUUUAAAAUUUAUAGCUGUCAAUCAUAUAUCGAUUGCCCCUCCAUUAUGCCUUAGGCAUAGAGGCAGGGCAGGCAAUUACUUUCACUUUCCAUUCUGGACUUCCAAAAUGUCACUGCACUCUCCACUCUCUAAAUUUGUAACCAUUGCUUGGGCCAGGGUAUCAGUUGCCCCAUUCUGGCACAUAAACAAGAUUUUGGCGUGAAGCAAAGCUUGCUUUAAUAGCAGUGUCCACAAAAUGGCGGCUGCCUGCUUGAUUUGAUUGUGAAGUCCAAGACUUAUAUAAACAAGAUUUAUAUAAUUUAUAUAGUGUAAGUGAGAUUUAUUUUGCUUGACCUACAUCAUAAAAAAGGAUUUGGAAUUAUUUCUUGGGGUUACAGGUUCCCUUUAAAUGUAUUAUGCUCAACUUUUCUAGCAGCAUAUUUAUCCAUCACUGAAGAGCUCCGUGUUCUAUAUUUCCGGUGAGGUUAUCCGUAAUUAUUUAAUUAGACUUUGUAUCUUGUUUUGUUGUCUUUGUCCUAUUAUGAGAAGAAUAACUGUGUAGUCUACCUGUUGUGUCAGACGUGGGCAUGUGCAAACGUACCACCUGAAAUGGCUGUGGAUCCUCAAAAUCUGUUGUAGUAAAAUUAAUACCAAGUAUUUAUUUUCCAUGCAAAGCACUAGAAGUAGUAGAUGCGGCCUCCGCUGAGGAUUCAUGUCAUGUUAGAAAAGUUGUGAAUUUCUUGUCCCUGUGGGACAUAUACUUUAAUUACAUUAAGACGUUCUUAAAUUAAAGAGCCUUAAGAAUGCUAACUGCUAGUUAAAUGAUAUGUUACAGAAUAUGAAAAAGAGACUACGAUAUAUAUUUUGUCGUACUGUUUAGUGACGGAUUUCUGAUUUAAGUGCUUUUUUUCACCCCUUCCCUUUUUUUAUAAAUAGUACAAAUGACCCCACACCUGCCAUUUCUACUGAUAUUGGGAUAUUUAUUUAUUUGGAUUUUUUUUUUUUUAAUGCACCUUGAGUUUUGUCAAUGUUCAGUUGCACAAGAGAGUAUUUUUCAUUGCUAUUUCAUAACUUGUAUGUACCAAUUUGUGGCUUUUUCUUUCAAAUGUGAAAUAGGCAAAUAUUUUCCAUAACAACAAAUGAGUUGUUUUCCAUUUAAAACAAAUAUCCGUUCAUAUUAACUGGUAACAUUUUAUUUUCUCUCCUUUCAAAAACCACUAUCGUUAUGUUAAGCAACUGCAAUAAUAAAGUUUCAGAAAAACUUGGAUAAAAAGCAGCUCUGAAUAUUUAGACCCAAGUGCAUGAUUGCUGGUAAUAGCAUUUGCUCAUUGAUUGUUUGGUAUUGUUCUACUUUAUUCAGUGUUUAUCAUUUAUUUGUAAAAUGAUAAUUCUCAAUCACACAUUCUGCUAUGCAAAUGUAUUUUGCUCAGAACAUAACAUCCUUAAUGAAAACUUUAUUUCUUUUUGUUAUUGUAAAUAGCCAAUGUAAAUUGAAUUAAACAUUGUAAAUUUUUUAUUUUAUUUCUUGUAUUAUAUUCAGCACAGGGCUCCUAUGUAUAUUAAAGUGCAUAAUAAAUAUAUUUGCUUUUCAUCA